AUGGACGAUGAGCGCAUUAGUCGGGUUUCGUCAUCGGUUAAGUUGGAAUCUGAUGAAAAGACAGUUGAGCUCAAAAACGAACUGGUACGAGUACAACAUGCAGAGGAGCAGCUGAGAACGAAAACUCAGCGGGCUGUAGCUCAACUAAAGGAUGUAGAGGCGGAACUGAACAAAGUACGUGCACGCAACGAGACUCUUGAGAAGAAGCAGCAAAGGUUUGAUGCUGAUAUUAGCACUGUACAGACACAGUUGAAUGAAAUGAAGGAAUAUAAGGUGAAGGCUGAGAAGGAGCGAGAUGAGCAUCAGAUGAUGGCGAUGAGAAGAGCUAAUGAGCUACAGGUCAGUUGUUAAGA